CUUCCUCCCCUUUUGAGCAGGACCUAAGGCGUAGCAUGGCAUUGCAUCUCCAACGGAGCUGCACUGUCGGGUGGUGUCAUCUCCGUUGGAUCUCACCGGACGGUGUGUGUAACCCAUGCUUGAUUUGGAUGGAUCUAAGGGUGUAAGCAUUGAAGGAUAUUCUUGAUCUGAGGGUUUAAGCUGUGAUGGCUCUCUGUCAGAUCUAAGGACUCUGAUUCGAGUUUGUGGUGGUGGUGGUCAGCAGCGACGGCUAUUCCGGUGGUCCAAAUUUUGGCCUUCGGCAAUGUUGAACUUGGUAGUACUUUUCUGUUUAUUAAGCUUCUCUCAUGUGAUAUUUGAUUUUGUUCUCUUAGUAAGUGCUGCAAUUGUUUUCCCUUUUUUGUGGCGAUGCAAUCGAAAAACAGCUUAUGUAAAUCAAACCAAUGAUAUGUACCUGUUUCUGGGGUAUGCUGCUACUCUAAGAAUGUGCUUCACAGAGCCUUCAGUCUUUUCUUAUUUAACUCUAAAUAUGAAUUGCUUCUUCAGGGACGGGUUGAAAUUGGCCACACGGGAUUCACAUUCCACUAAACGACCUCUAUUUCCCAUGCUAAACCCCACUAACAAUGGUAAAUGCACUGCUGCUGAUUCUUUUAAGCACGGUGGUCCAAAUUUUUCCCUUCGGUAAUGUCGAACUUGUGCCGGGCUUGGCGUUCUUAACUUGGCAAUGCAUGGUGUUUCUAGAAUGUCUGUAGCAAUGGCAAUUCCUCAUAUUUUUAUAUUGGAUAAAAAUGAAAGAACAAGUUUUACUUAGAAAUAUAUCACCAGCCUUGCCUUUUGCUAAAGAUCAACAUCAGAUCCAGGGACUGGGACUUCACGAGGGUGCAAGUCUUCUCAAAGUGGUAAUUUAGUGGUAUAUGUUCAGCCUAUUUUGAAAGUACGAUUUUAUUUUUAUUGGGUUUCCUCUUCUUGUUGGAUAUGUCCCAAAAAAAAGUUGGGUUGGUAUUAGCUGCUGCACUCAAAACAUAUCGUUACUAUUUGUUACAUAUACAAAUAGGUGGUUAAGGCCACAUGGGAUUCAGAUUCCACUAAGCCACCUCUAUUUCCCAUGGUUGGUCUUCAUUCUUGAAGCGACUUAAUGUCAUAUAUUCAUUCUUUAAUACUUAUUUACAUUUUGUGGGAUUUGGAAUAGGCGAAUGCACUUCUGCUGGCUCUUUUAAGCAUCGCGGUCCAAAUUUUGGCCUUCGGCAAUGUUGAACUUGGUAGUACUUUUCUGUUUAUUAAGCUUCUCUCAUGUGAUAUUUGAUUUUGUUCUCUUAGUAAGUGCUGCAAUUUUUUUCCCUUUUUUGUGGCGAUGCAAUGGAAAAACAGCUUAUGUAAAUCAAACCAAUGAUAUGUACCUGUUUCUGGGGAACUAUAGAGGAACAAAGUUGAAGCUGCUAAGUUUGUUCCUUUUUGGAAUGAGAUUAUAAGGAAUUUGAGGGAAGAAGACUACAUUAAUAGUUUGGAAAUGGAGUUGCUUUUAAUGCCUAAAAAUUCAGGGAUAAUAGACAAUAUUCCCUUGGUUCAAUGGCCUCUGUUCCUUCUAGCAAGCAAGAUAUUUCUUGCUAAAGAUACUGCUAUUGAGGGUAAAGAGCCCAGACUUUCGCAAGAGGAGCUAUGGGACAGGAUUUUAAGGGACGAUUACAUGAAAUAUGCUGUUCAAGAGUGUUAUUAUACCCUCAAGUUAGUCCUCACACCUGUGUUGGAUACUGAGGGUAAGAAGUGGGUUGAGAGAAUAUAUGACGAGAUUCAGAGAAGCAUAGCUAAUAGGAGCAUACUUGUUGAUAUUGAAUUGAAUAAGCUACCACUAAGGAUUCAGAAAGUUACUGCACUGUUGGGAAUACUGGUCACUUAAUUGCUUUGAACUUAGUUGGCCAUGGAGAAUAACUUCACCCUUCUUUCUGAAGCCGACACCAAGAUCAUAGGGACUCACUAUUAUUGCUUUCAAUGAUGGGAAAUUUAACUCAAAGACCUUACGAGAAAUUCCGAGUCUUGGGCCUACUUAUUUUGUGAUGAAACUUUUGGAAAGUAUGAUUCUUUUGACAUUGAAAUCUCACAUAGACCAUAGUAUAAUAAUCCUUUUAUGCUUUG